AUGCGUUUUGUAUCAGCGCUUGCCGUCGCGGCGGCCACUGUCAGCAGUGCCCUUGCGCAGGACUUCGUUUUGGGCUUCAACUCCGGUGCAUCUGAUGAUACUGGCAAGGCAAAGACCCAGGAGGACUUCGAGAAGGAGUUCACCACCGCGCAGAACCUGGAGGGCGCACCAGGCAACUUCAGCGCUAUCCGUCUCUACUCCAACAUUCAGUGGGAGACGACCGACACACCCAUCGCCGCCUUCCCUGCCGCCAUCGCAACGAACUCCAAGCUCCUUCUCGGUAUCUGGGCAUCAGGCACGGACAACAUUGACAACGAAUUGAAGGCAUUGAACUCCGCAGUCGAGGAAUACGGAACAAAGCUGACGGAUCUUGUUAUCGGACUGUCUGUCGGUUCCGAAGAUCUUUACCGUGUGUCGGAGCCUGGUAUCCGGAACGAGGCUGGUGUCGGUAACAGCGCGGAGAAGAUUGUUGAAUUCAUCAAGACUGCGCGCGAGCGUCUUGCCGAUACGCCACUCAAGGGUGUGAAGAUCACUCACGUUGACACCUGGACUGCUUGGGUCAACGAGUCGAACAAGGCUGUCAUCGACGAGAUUGACUUUUUGGCUGUUAACGCAUUCCCCUUCUACGAAUCCGAGCUUGACAACAAGAUCGAUAACGCUGGCAAGCUCCUAAGCAGUGCUAUCAGCGCAACUGAGGGCGUCGCUGGAGACAAAGAUGUCUGGAUUACCGAGACUGGCUGGGCGUACAGUGGUCCUGACUUUGGUGCUGCCACAUCGACUGUAGACAACGCAGAGACAUACUGGAAAGAUGUCGGAUGCGCGCUCUUCGGCAAGAGGAACGUCUUCUGGUACACACUCCGCGAUGCCAACCCUGCAAACAAGGUCAAGUUCGCCAUUUCGGACAAGCUGUCCACCACCCCGCGCUUCGACAUCAGCUGCCCAGAGCAGAAGGAGCUCCCCUCGGCAGAGCCCGCCACGAACAACGGUACUUCGACCGGUGGCUCGUCGAACAGCAACUCGACUACAGAUAGCGGCAACAACGACAGCAGCAGCAGCAGCAGCAACAACACCAACGGCGGAAGCGAUGGCGGAAACGGCAAUGCUCAGCAAUCUGGCGCUGCCGCUCCCAGCGGAACCGGUGCGGGAGCUGCUACCUCGGUGUCGGUCGUGAACUCGAUGGCCAUGGCUUUAUCUGUCGUCUUUGCUGCUGCUGCCUGGGCUCUGUAG